UGAACUAACCCUUUAAUUCUGAUUACGUAUGAUUACAUGUAAUCAUUUACUACCCAGCACAAACGCAAAAUGUUGAUUUUGCUAGUUUGUGCAUGCAGAUUUGUUGGUGAUCGAGUCCUGUUGAGCAGAUGUCACAGCCUGUUCCCUCUUCCCCCCAGGCAGCAGGGAGGCGGCAUUCACCUACGCCAUCACCGCCGCUGGGGUCGCCCACGCCGUGACGGCCGCAUGCAGCCAGGGUAACAUGAGCCACUGCGGCUGCGACAGGGAGAAACAGGGCUACUACAACCAGGAGGAGGGCUGGAAAUGGGGCGGAUGCUCCGCGGACAUCAAAUACGGCAUCGAGUUCUCCCGGAAGUUCGUGGACGCCCGGGAGAUUAAAAAAAAUGCCCGACGGCUGAUGAACCUUCAUAACAACGAAGCUGGCCGGAAGGUUCUGGAGGAGCGGAUGAAGCUGGAAUGCAAGUGUCACGGCGUGUCGGGCUCCUGCACCACCAAAACCUGCUGGACCACGCUACCCAAGUUCCGCGAGAUCGGCUAUGUCCUGAAGGACAAGUACAACAAAGCAGUGCAUGUGGAGGUGGUCCGUGCCUCGCGCCUGCGGCAGCCCACCUUCCUCAAGGUGAAGAAAGCGGAUGGUUACCAGAAGCCCUUAGAAACAGACUUGGUCUACAUCGAGCGCUCGCCCAACUACUGCGAAGAGGACGCCAAAACGGGCAGCGUGGGGACGCAGGGGCGGCUGUGCAACCGGACAUCACCGCACACAGACGGCUGUGAUCUCAUGUGCUGUGGGCGGGGCUACAACACGCAUCAGUACACCAAAGUGUGGCAAUGCAACUGUAAAUUCCAGUGGUGCUGUUUUGUGAAAUGCAACACCUGUAGCGAGAGGACGGAGGUGUUCACCUGCAAAUGAAUCGCUCGGCUCGUUUUGCAGAGCAGAAUGUAUAUUUGCUUUAACACAGAGUUAAAAUACUAAACUCUAUCGGUAGGUACGAGCCCAGAGGUACGUGCACUGACUCGCGCUAAAGGACUGCAGGAUGCCAGCCGUGCAUGCUGGGAUUCGUAGUGUGGGACUCAGUAUCGUCUCAAAACGCCACGGAGGAACUCGCUGCGUUGUGUUUAAGGAGCUCAGUGCAAAUCGAGGAUGUAUAAAUGCCAACUGGAACCUGGUAGAGUAUGUUAGUUAUCCAGUCACACUGGAUCUGUCUGUUUGAACACUGAAAAUAAAUUAUUCUAUAUUAUAUGUCAUAGUCUCCUAAGGAACCGAAGCGCUAACGGGUAGAAAUGUGUUCUUUUGUACUAAGUGUAAACCGAGAGAAAGACUUUGUAGAAGCUCGUGACUGAAAACGUCUUGUAGAGGGAAGGAAAAAGGCCCCGUGUUUUCCGACAGGAACGUUUGAUGGCUAAUGAUGUGUUGACUUACGAAACCACUGUCAUUUUUUUAUUUUUUGGUCAGCUGACGCAUGUUAGCAUGGGUUCAUCUUUGCUGUAAUCUAGCCGUAGUUCUCAGUAAGGUAUGCGAUAGACGUUCAGGCCACUUUUCUUCUUCCGACUUUGCUAAACCGGUCUCUGCGAUUCAAAGAUCCUUCAUCAGUUCAUGAAAUGUGGAACGAGUAUAUUUCUGGAUAUGUUACAGAGUGCUGCACUGAUAUUUUUUCUAUUCAGAUACGAUGCAAUUAAAAGUAAAAUAAAUAUCAA